CAUUUGAGAGCACACCAAACUUAAUAUCUCUUCUCUUUUGAAAUGGCCGAUAUGAAUGCGCCUCCCUUCUCCGCCACGGUUACUAAAUUCUCUUUGCCGGUAGAUUCGGAGCACAAGGCGAAAGUCCUGAAAAUCGGGUCGUUCGCGCAGCCCCACAUGCGAUCCUUCCACUUGGCCUGGAUCUCCUUCUUCACGUGCUUCGUCUCCACCUUCGCGGCGGCGCCCUUGGUCCCCAUCAUCCGGGACAACAUCAACCUGAGCCGCUCCGACAUCGGCAAUGCCGGCGUCGCCUCCGUCUCCGGCAGCAUCUUCUCCCGCCUCAUGAUGGGCGUGGUGUGCGACCUCAUCGGGCCGCGCUACGGCUGCGCCGUCCUCAACCUCCUGGCGGCGCCGGUGGUGUUCUCGACGGUGUUCGUAUCGUCGCCGCAGGGCUACGUGGCCGUGCGGUUCAUGACGGGGUUCUCCCUGGCGACGUUCGUGUCGUGCCAGUACUGGACCAGCGUGAUGUUCAACAGCUCCAUCAUCGGGACCGUGAACGGCGUUGCCGGCGGCUGGGGCGACAUGGGCGGCGGCGUCACGCAGCUCCUCAUGCCCUUCCUCUUCCACCUCAUCAAGCUCUCCGGCGCCACGCCCUUCACAGCGUGGCGCAUCGCCUUCAUAAUCCCCGGCUGGCUGCAUGUCAUCAUCGGAGUCAUGGUGUUGACCAUGGGUCAAGACCUGCCAGAUGGCAACCUCAGCACCCUUCAGAAGAGUGGCGAUGUCGCAAAGGACAAGUUCUCCAAGGUCUUCGCUCAUGCCGUCACAAAUUAUAGAACAUGGGUUUUUUUCCUCCUCUACGGCUUCUCCAUGGGAGUUGAGCUUUGCAUUAACAAUGUGAUUGCCGAAUAUUUUUACGACAGGUUCAACCUGAAGCUACACACCGCGGGAGUAAUCGCGGCGACGUUCGGAAUGGCGAACUUCUUCGCCCGGCCCUUUGGCGGGUACGCGUCGGACAUUGCCGCGGAGAGGUUCGGCAUGAGGGGCAGGCUAUGGAUUCUAUGGCUAUUCCAAACCCUAGGAGGAGUGUUCUGCAUUUGGCUGGGCCGCUCCAAUUCACUCGUCAUGGCCAUCGCCUCCAUGAUCCUCUUCUCCAUGGGCGCCCAAGCCGCCUGCGGCGCCACCUACGGCAUCAUCCCCUUCGUCUCUAGGAGAUCGUUAGGGCUGAUUUCGGGCCUAACCGGAGCCGGAGGGAACUUCGGAGGCGGGCUGACGCAGCUGGUGUUCUUCUCCACCACCAGAUUCUCCACCGCGGACGGGCUGACCUACAUGGGGGUGAUGGCCGUGGCCUGCACGCUGCCGGUGGCGCUGGUCCACUUCCCGCAGUGGGGGAGCAUGUUCCUCCCGCCGUCCAAGAGCGGGAACCACACGGAGGAGACCUACUAUGCUUCCGAAUGGAACGAGGAAGAGAGGGAGAGGGGUUUGCACGGCAACAGCCUCAAGUUCGCCGAGAACAGCCGCUCCGAGCGUGGGACCCGGCGGGAGAUCGCCGCGUCUUUCAGCCCGCAGGGCUCCACCCCGAUCCAUGUUGUUUAAUCCCUUAAUGGGAUUUCUAUAUAUAGUAUCUUAGUAAACUCAAUAAUCCCUUGGAUUUCUGUAGUAUCGAUAUCGGACUAAUCCAAAAGCGUUGUAUAUGAUGAUUGGUUGUACAUAAGCUAUAAAUGUAAAACCAUGACGGCCGCGCUUACCACCGUUCAUUCUUGUAAUUCCAUCUUCUAGCUUUUCUUCAUUUCUUGCACUUGAGAUGUAUCCUGUGUUUCAUUUUGUAUUUCACUUUCAAUUUUCUAUAUUUUUCA